AUGGAGCUCGAGGCCAAGCGGCGGCUCGGGCCGCACGUGCAGCGGCGCGGUGACGGCUUCACGGAGGCCGAGUCCAUGGGGCUGCUGCAGCUCGUGCGCAGCCACUGGCGCGAGGGGUGGGACAUGAUCGCGCAGCUCCACAACCAGCAGUUCGCCAAGCACAACCGCUCGGCCGACUCGCUCAAGAAGAAGUUCUCGCGCCUGUAUCGCUCCACGGUCCCGCCGCGCGGCGCCAAGAACCACCAGGCCAUCAGCUUCGCCCACGUCGUGCACAAGGAGAUGAUCGAGGGCGUUCCGCCUGCACCCGGUAUGACGGUCCCCAGCCGCGCUCAGGACGGCGCCACCGAGUCGGAGCACAGUUGGGUGGACACGGCUUCGGAGGUUCCUACCGCCGCCGCCAUCACCGCGUCGUCACCAGGCCCUGCAACUCCCGUGGUGACUGCGUCGUCUGCUGCACUCGCUGCUGCUGUUGCGGCGGCUGUGCCGCGUCCGCGCGUGCGCGCGCCCCGCCCUCAGAGUGUCGAGUGGCAGAGCGCGGCGGCUUCUUUCCCGCCGGAGGCCACACCGCUGCCGACGGACGACCUGCUCACUUCAGUGCUGAAAGUGAUUCUGCGCUCGCAGUAUCAGAGGGACCUGGACAGAGAGGAGGAGCGCGUGCGCCGCGAUGAAGAGCGGCAACGGCGUAGAGAAGAAGCUGAGCAGCGGAGACAGGAGGAGGAGCGCCGACGCGACGAGGAGCGCGAAGAGCGACGUCGCCGCGGUGAAGAACGCGUUGAGGAGCGCGCCGAGAACCGCCGCCGCCACGAGCAGUUCAUGCAGAUGAUGAUGAUGCUUGUCGGAAAGAACGGUGCCGCCAAUGAGCAGCGUGACACGGAGUGUUAA